AGUAAUGUGAGAAGGGGAAUAACAGCUGACCUCAACAGUGUCCUCUAUCCAGCUACUCAGAGAGAGAUAGCCAGUCCCACGUGACCUGCACGUGACCUGCACGUGACCUACACGUGACCUACACGUGACCUGCACGUGACUACUAUGACGCACAUUAUCCUAUUCUGUUAUUACGGUCCUACAAUCUACAUCCUUACAUUAGCUUCGCAAACUCCGUUCUCUCUUACGUAAUUCUUAUUGUGCUGAUCAGCAGUUUGUUUCUCAGCAGACUCUGUUUGAACUGGAUACCUAUUUUAGUUACUUACCUAACUGUUACAGCCAGGCAUUAUAAUAUUUCUUAUUUUCUGUGAUAUUGCCUGAUUUUACCCUCCUCCUCCUCCUCACUUUGUCUAGAUCUGCUGAGACGAACUGUUCACUUUUUAAAGUCAGAAAAGUCAGUAAUCAAAACUCGUUACAAACAGAUAUAACAUCAAGAUGGGGAAAGGAAAGCAUAAAAAGAAACAGAAAGGAGAUCAAUCGGGUACAGAUAGAGAAAAAACAACUUGCGAGAUGAAUACGCUGGAAGAGUAUAGAAACAAAGGCAGAGAAAUAUGUGAAAAGUUUUGCGAGUUUAAAGACCAAUAUCCGAUUAUGUUACCGCCUGCCCCCAAACAGACCUACAUUGACUUUUACAAAGACGAAGAGGGAGCAUCCAGCAGUAAAUUUGAUGAUGAGAAAUUCAAACAAGCAAACUAUGAGGCUGAGGUGCUGACAUACCGGGCUUUGGAGAGAUUGCCAGAGGAAAGGUGUGUGGUUCUUCAUAGCUUCGAGUACACCCAUCAUCAAUACCGAAUUUGUGAUAAAAGUCAUGACAGGAGAAAGUGUGAUCAAUGUAAAGGUAUGGCUGCACAAAAAACAGAAUGUGACUUUGUUGUUAUCGGGAAGAACUAUGUUGUCAUUAUUGAAGUGAAGAACGUCCCUAUUGAUGAAGAUAGUGAACUAACAGAGGAGCAGAGAAAGAAAUUGACAGGAGCACUUAAAGGCUCACUCGAACAACUUGAAAAGACAAAAUCAAUGAUAAAUGGUCUUGUAGAGCAAGUUUUCGCUGGAAUGGAAGCAGAUCAUCAAUGCUCAAUAAUAUGCCUGUCCGCGUUUCCUAACACCAGUCGUGAUCAAUUUCAGAACAUGGAUGAACAGACCAAAAAGCAGAUAUUGUGCAAAGAGGAUUUUCCAGAUUUCUCAAGCUGGUGGAAACAACAUGACGUGUUAGGUUCGAUAUCUAGCAUUGUUCAAACUGAAGCUUUUCUCGCCAAACACCAGGAAAUGAAGCAAGUAUUGGUAGCUAUCUACUGUACUGAUAAAAACCGAUGUGAUGAACUGAAGUGUAGCUUGGGAAAAGCUAUAAUGGACAUUGACGACGAGUUGAAGAAAGGAAAUAUUACAUUUCUCAGCAAAAACCGACUACCAAAUCCUAAUGUGAUGAAAGCAACUGAUAUAAAGUCUGCAAAUAUUGACGAUGGCAUUAACAUUUUCAAAGACAUGCUCGGUAUAGAAUACUUGACUGUGGAACAACGUGAUGCUUUCAACAGAGAUCAGAACCUGCUGGUAAUUAAUGGACCAGCAGGUUCAGGGAAAACUAUCAUCUUGUUGGCUAAGAUCAUAAAAGUGAUCAAAUCAAAUGUGGAUAACAGAGCUGUGUUGUACAUUUUCUCAGAUGAUAACAUUUCAUGUAAACGUUAUCAAGAUGCUUUAGAUAAAGCUGAAAUCAGUAACGAAGUGAUAGUUAAUAACAUGUCCAUGGUAUAUAGUAGAGAGUACACAGAACAGGUGGUAUUAGAAAGUGAAAGCAGGGUGGUAAUAGUUAGGAUCUCAUCUUUGUCACGUUUCACAUAUAAUAAUAGUGUGACUAAACUGAUGUAUAGGAACAUUCACGUAUUUUUUGAUGACUGGCAGGGUAUGAGGGGUCCGUUAGCACGAAAGAUGUUUACAGAGCGCGACUUACUGCUGACUGUCGGGGCACUCACUAACUGUGUUAUCGCUUGUGAUUUCACUCAGGCAUACAGCUUAGAAUUAUCAUCUUAUAGAAAACGAAGAAAACGAUUUUACUCAUUCUUAACAAACUUGCCCCCUGAAAGAAUUGUAACUCUAUCUUUGAACUUAAGAAAUACUUCUGACAUUACUGACAUUCUAUCUAAGAUCAGAGAGCACAUAAUUCUACAAGUUCUUCAAGAAGAAAGAGACGAUACUAUUCCAAUGAUAAAACAAGGACACUUUAUUCACGGACCACAGAUUGUAGUGCAUGUUAUUUAUAAGAUAAUAAAUGAGAAGGAUUUUAGUGUGGUUACUGAUAUCUUGAAUGAAGAGCUAGAUAAAUUAUGUAACACAGACGUGAUUAAAAUAGGUAUAGUAUAUAAUACAAGAAGAAUAAUUCAAAAGGUAAUAGAAGAACGAUGUAGUGUUGAUAAUAAUAAAAUAGAGUGGUGUAAUGUUAAAAGUUGUUAUUCAGCUGAGUACCCAGCAGUUAUUGUGUUAUACGAUGUUGCUAAUUAUGUGGACCUAUCUAUUCUUUACCGGCAGAUAUCAAGAGCAAGGGUAUAUUGUGUUGUUAUAUUAUAUAGUUCAGAUGAUAACCACAUCUUUUCAGGAUUUGAAAAAUUGAAUGAUUAUAUGUUGGCUGAAUUUGAAGAUUCAAUCAGAGUUAUGCGGUAUGAUUGAUAACACCGAGUUUAUCUGUGAUAAGAAUAUUUGUGUUGAAUGACACUAACAUAUUUUAUUGAAUGUUACAUUGAAAAUGAGAUUAUACGAUUUACCGAAUAACAAUACCAAUAUUAAAUUCGUAGUGCUAAAUCAACAUAUUUUGUGAGAUGUCAGUUGUUUUAUCAAAGAAUUCAA